UUUUCAUAACCGUUUAAAUAAUUUACGCUUUAUUUAUAUAUUUAAAUUAACUUUAGAAUUACACUCGAUCGUCCGUUUUAUAUUUCCAAGUCGUACGACACGAUGAACACCAUGUGUUUGAAUUACGUCUUAUUUUCACUUAUGAUUUUAAUCGACGACCGUUUUGCGAAUUGCAAAAUUAAUUCCAUGCAAUACAAAAAGUACGUCAUCCACGUGGCCAAUCAUUUCUGUGAUCAGCCGGGAUGGACGUUGAUGGCACACGUACGGGCCAAUGUGGGACGUUUAAGCGGAUAUCCGAUACACGAAGUGCUGGACGACGAAGAGACCAGACACGAUUACAUACAGGUACUGAAUAUCGUGACUUUUUCGCUUAAUAUCAGGUACACCGAAGUACUGUGGUACUUCAACGCGACGAUUAAACGCGUCAUAGACAAGUGCGGCUUUUAUUUGGAAACGGCAAACGCGAAACAUUUCAAUAAUUGUACCGUUCUGCUUUACAGUGCGGUGACAAUGUCGGCCGACAUGUUCGGCAAACUGUUCGACGCCAUGCAGUUUAUUAGCCAGAUAAAUUUGAAAAUCAUCAAUGUCAAUAUGGACUGUCUGUCGACCAUAACAAACGACAUCAAACCGUUUUAUGAAUUCGCCAAUUCCAAAACGAAUCGGAAUCCGUCCGAAUUAUCGGCGGCUGGCGACGGAGAUAUUAUUCGCGAGUUUGAAAACAUUAAAAGCUUCUUUGGAAAUGUUAAACAGAUAAACGACUUACGGCGGCUCGUGAAUAGCAACAGUUUUUAUAUGUUUAUUAAUAAAAAUGACGUUCCGCCGUAUUUGCGAACACUGUACGAAGAAGAAGCUCCAAAUGAAUUCGACGAGUCUGACCUCCACGUUAUUGUAAACUCACUGAUAACUUUCUACGGUCAGACGAUAAAAAACGAUUACCAAGACGUCGGCUUUGUGGAAUUGUUGGAUCCCGACAACUCCAAUUUCAGGCCUCCUCAAGACGAAGAAGAAAAUAUUGCUAUAAUUCUAAACUCGAUUUUGAAAAGCAACGGUUGGAACAAUCUGAAUUACAUAAUGCUUAGAGAUAAGAGUAAAUAUUUAACGGUUAGCGAUGUCGUAAACCUCGUAAACGUGGACGACAAUUGGAUCAAACGUAAAUAUCUGUCGAAACUCUUGCGUUGCAGGUACACCGAGAUACUCCAAUCUUUCAUCGAUAAGUUGGACUCGCUGAUAUUUAUUUGUACAGGCGAACGGGAUAGCUACAACAGGACCGAGUUUAUUCGUUGCGCCAUUCGGCUGUACGAUACGAUCAACAGGUCCGGUCGCAUGUUCGAUCGAAUGUCGUCCGCGCUGGCCACCGUAAGGAAAGCGACCAAUCAUACUUCCAGAAAUAAACCGUUGGUCAUCGAAAAUCUGGUCGACGACGUUUCCGCGUUCAUCGAGAAAUCGUCGAAAACGUACCCUGCCGAAAGAUUUGUCGUCGACCCAAACCGCACCAGCGACAGGUCCGUGGCCGGUGAUUAUAUGAACGCGGUUUCAGAUUUCCGUUUAACGGCCUUUUUUCCAAAGUUGAAGACGGUGGAUGUGUACUAUCGGAAAGACUGCCUGUUGGUAAGAGAUCCUUCGGCCCCGACCUUUACGAUCGAAAUGGACGGAGCCAAAGACGGGCCGUCGUCUGACGACCCGAUCGAACUCAUAUGUGCGAAACUCAACAGUUUCUACGAGAAAGUCGUGUUAAACGAUUAUGAAAAUCUCGGUUUUCAAUAAAUUACAAGCCAAUUGUUUAUCGAUGCACUUUGUGUACAACGGCUCACACUUAUAAUACACUUAGUACAUUUUUUAUUCACGUACACGUCUCUACGCGUUUACAAAUUACAUGAAUUUAAUAAUACUAUUAUGCAUUAUAUAUAUAUACUAAUUAUAAAAAUGGUUAAAUUCGACUGAAUAAUAUAUCGUUUUAAUUGUA